AUGCGCAAGAAAAACAAGACAAGAGGUUGGCAAUUGGUCCUCUCCUACUCCUUCGAACGCCGACAAGUCACGGCAUUUGUCAAAGGAACCCCGACAUCUAUCAUUUCAGACAGCAUUGAUGACCUCGAGAACUGUGCCAGCGAGGCCUCGCAUCCACUUUUGUUCCCAGUCAUCAUUCUUUCCCAUCUCAUCUCGAUGAAGACUGAACUUGAUCAACGAGAGUCCCGCAGCUUGAUCACACGACUGGAACACGCCAUCAGUGUAGUUGAAGCUACUGCAAGAGAACCUAGUUAUUACGAAGAUGGCAUGAUUGAUUUCAGAGCCGUGGCGAGGGAUCUAACGGAGUGCCACAGGCUGGUCUUGCAUAAACGCCCGGCCCUGUGGUUCAAGAUACUUGGUGCGACGGAAGACGCCAUGCAAUCGUUUUGGACGAACAUCCCCUCCAAUGAGAAGACGGAAGACAUGAGAAGGCUUCACUCCAGUCUUCAAGAUCGAUUGAGCCUGCAAAGAGCUCGCCUCGUUGGCCUUGACAGCUAUACUUCCGUUUCCAUUGAACGCUUGGACAUCCAAAGGAGCAUGGUAUCGUUCAUAACUGCUGAAAUCGCCCAGAAUGACUCAAAGCUUAACCUUCAGAUUGCCGGCGAUCAGCGACAGUUGUCAAAUGACAGUAAGAGCGACAGCAAGGCUAUGAAAGCAUUGUCACUGCUGGGAGCCACAUUCCUGCCAGGCACCUUCCUGGCAUCGAUUUUUAGCAUGACCUUCUUUGACUUUCAAGAAGGAUCUUCGCUAUCACCAAAAAUAUGGAUCUACUUUGCUCUCACCAUUCCGUUGACAGUACUGGUUCUACUAGGUUGGUUCUUGUGGGAACACAACAGGAAGCAACCCAAAGAAAGUCGUUUGCCAGCAUUUGGUAUAAGAAGAACCGCUACAGAGAUGGCCAUCUUGUCAGAGCUGAGGCAGGCAUAA